GCUUCCCAGAGGCCGGAUCCGGAGCCGCCCCAGGCCGAGGCUGGUACCGCAGCCCCCCGCGCCCCCCGCAGCCCCGGCAUGUCCUUCCGCAAAGUGGUUCGGCAGAGCAAAUUCCGGCAUGUGUUUGGGCAGCCGGUGAAGAAUGACCAGUGCUAUGAGGACAUUCGCGUGUCCCGUGUCACCUGGGACAGCACCUUCUGUGCUGUCAACCCCAAGUUCCUGGCUGUGAUCGUGGAAGCCAGCGGCGGGGGCGCUUUCCUGGUGCUCCCCCUGAGUAAGACGGGUCGGAUCGACAAGGCCUACCCGACCGUUUGUGGCCACAGGGGCCCCGUCCUGGACAUCGACUGGUGCCCCCAUAAUGACGAAGUGAUCGCCAGCGGCUCCGAGGACUGCACUGUCAUGGUGUGGCAGAUCCCGGAGAACGGGCUGGUGACCCCCCUGACAGAGCCAGUGGUGGUGCUGGAGGGUCACACCAAGCGAGUGGGCAUCGUCACCUGGCAUCCAACAGCCCGAAAUGUGCUGCUUAGUGCAGGAUGCGACAACGUGGUGCUCAUCUGGAACGUGGGCACGGCCGAGGAGCUGUACCGCCUGGACAGCCAGCACCCGGACCUCAUCUACAACAUCAGCUGGAACCACAACGGCAGCCUCUUCUGCUCGGCCUGCAAGGACAAGGCCGUGCGCAUCAUCGACCCCCGCCGAGGCACCCUGGUGGCGGAGUUGGAGAAGGCUCACGAGGGCGCCCGGCCCAUGCGUGCCAUCUUCCUGGCCGACGGCAAAGUGUUCACCACGGGGUUCAGUCGCGUGAGCGAGCGGCAGCUGGCACUGUGGGACCCGGAGAACCUGGCGGAGCCCAUGGCGCUGCAGGAGCUGGACUCGAGCAACGGGGCUUUGCUGCCCUUCUAUGACCCUGACACCAACGUGGUCUACGUCUGCGGCAAGGGUGACUCCAGCAUCCGCUACUUUGAGAUCACGGACGAGCCCCCGUACAUCCACUUCCUGAACACGUUCACGAGCAAGGAGCCGCAGCGAGGCAUGGGUAGCAUGCCCAAGAGGGGCCUGGAGGUCAGCAAGUGUGAGAUUGCUCGGUUCUACAAACUGCAUGAGCGCAAGUGCGAGCCCAUUGUCAUGACAGUGCCCAGGAAGUCUGACCUCUUCCAGGAUGACCUAUACCCGGACACUGCAGGGCCCGAGGCGGCCCUGGAGGCGGACGAGUGGGUGAGUGGGCAGGACGCAGACCCCAUCCUCAUCUCCUUGCGGGGGGCCUAUGUGCCCAGCAAGCAGCGGGACCUGAAGGUCAGCCGGAAAAACGUGCUGUCAGAUGGACGGCCCGCAGGGACCCCCGGUCCAGCCCACACCGCGGCCGCCACCACCACCUCCUCUGUGACUGCCAGCAGCCUCUCUGGAGCAGGGGAGGCCAGGCAGCUGGAGGAGGUGAUGCAGGAACUGCGGGCGCUACGGACGCUGGUGCGGGAGCAGGGGGAGCGGAUCGGCCGCCUGGAAGAGCAGCUCGGCCGCCUGGAGAAUGGGGAUGCAUAGCAGGGAGAGGGCACCCCCUGCCCAUCAUUUGGGGCACCUCCUUCUGCACCUGUCAGCACAGAGGGGUCAGAGAUCACUUCCCUCCAGGGACCACCGCCCGGCCGGCACCCGAGAAGGGGAAGAGGGAGAGGUGGGCGCUCUAUUUUCAUUCCAAAUAAAGUUUUCUUUCUAA